GGGAGCUCUGCUGUGGCUCCUUCCACCCUUCCUUCCAGCACAACCCUCCUCCUUAGAUCUUCUGCAGGCGAAGCCAUGAGAUCUCUGGUAGCUCCAGCGCUCCUGGGUCUGAUCCUGGGGUGCAUAGCAAGCGCAGCUGUACUCCCUGUUCUCCCUCAGGCAGAGUUUCCUGCUUGCGAUGACGUUGAGACGGAGCACAUGGCAGACUUCGCGGUAAAGUACAUCAACGCAAAAAAUAACCACGGGUACAAGUACGCCCUAAACAGGAUCGAGAAGGUCAAGGUUCUCCCUCGGAGGCCAUUUGGGAAGAUAGCCUUCCUUGAGUUGGACUUAUUGGAGACUGAGUGCCAUGUGUCGAACCCACUGCCUGCUGAAAAUUGUACCAUAAGGCCACAGACACAGCAUGCUGUUGAAGGGGACUGCGACGUCAAACUCCUCAUUGUGGAUGGAGCCUACAAAGUGCUGUCUAGCAAAUGUCACUCUACUCCAGAUUCAGUUGAAGAUAUUAUCAAUGUUUGCCCUGAUUGUAACCCUUUGUCACAACUGGAUGACCCUAAGUUGAAGGAGGCAGCUAAUUCUGGGCUCGCCAAGUUCAACGCUGAAAAUGUCAAUGGAACCCACUACCAGCUCCUUGAGCUUUCAAGAGGGUUUACCUCACAUAUGCCUCUAGGUACACAUGUGGAGUUUGCAAUUGCCGCCACUAACUGCACAAGGCAACAAGCCCAAGACCCUGCAGAACACUGCCACGUGGCGACAGAUGAGCAUGCGCGUAAUGGGUUUUGCAAGGCAUCCGUUAUCCAGUUGCCUCCUGUUCCCGUUCUUGGUGGUGAGCCCAUUCCACCUGCAGAGGAGAUCACCCUAGAUUGUGCUUUAUAUGAUCACCAGGCCGGCGCUUCCCAUUUCAUCGAGCAUUCCUUGCAUCAUCUUGGGAAGAACAUCCCUUCCCCUGGAACUGGCCGCAGGGUCCUUGACCUCAUCCAUUCGCACAACGACACGCACGCGUCCCAUGAAUCUCACUCUGCCGAAGCUCCAGCCGUCGUGGCAGCAAAGCCUGUCGUCAAGAGAGCAGUGGAAGCUGUGCCACUCCCAGCAAUUCUGCCACCCUUAUGCCCAGGGAGGAUUCGCCACUUUAAGAUAUAGGAGAGCC